AUCAGUCACCUGACUCUCUGGCUGUCAGAGCGAAAAUGUCUGCGCACUUAUCCUAUGGUAGAGUCAAUUUAAACAUUUUACGGGAAGCUGCACGGAAGGAUCUCCGUGAGUUUUUGGACAAAUGUGCAGGAAGUAAGGCAAUUGUGUGGGAUGAAUAUUUGACUGGACCCUUUGGACUGAUAGCGCAAUAUUCUUUGCUGAAGGAACAUGAAGUGGAGAAGAUGUUCACCCUCAAAGGGGGGCGUCUCCCCACUGCUGACGUGAAAAAUAUAAUCUUCUUCGUUCGUCCCAAGCUGGAGUUAAUGGAUAUUAUAGCUGAGAAUGUCAUCAGUGCGGAUAAGAUGCAUUCCCCACGUGACUUCCACAUCCUUUUUGUGCCACGGCGGAGCAUGCUCUGUGAACAGCGGCUGAAGGAGCAGGGGGUCCUGGGUUCGUUCAUCAACAUAGACGAGUACAUUCUAGACCUCAUCCCGUAUGAUAGUGACCUGUUGUCCAUGGAGUCUGAAGGAGCCUUCAGGGAGUGCUAUCUGGAGAGUGACCAGACAAGUCUGUACCACACAGCCAAGGGCCUUAUGACUCUCCAGGCUCUGUAUGGGACCAUCCCCCAGAUAUUUGGGAAAGGGGAGUGUGCACGGCAUGUAGCUAACAUGAUGCUUAGGAUGAAAAGGGAGUUUGCUGGCAGUCAGACUCAGAUCCUGCCGGUCUUUGACUCCCUACUGCUGCUGGACCGUAACAUAGACCUGCUGACCCCUCUGGCCACACAGCUCACAUAUGAAGGCCUAAUUGAUGAAGUCUAUGGAAUAACCAACGGAUACGUGAAGCUGCCUCCUGAGAAAUUUGCUGCCCAAAAGAAGCAGGGUGAGGCUGGUAAAGACCUGCCCACGGAGCCCAAGAAAAUGCAGCUCAACUCAGCUGAGGAGCUUUAUGCUGAGAUACGGGACAAAAACUUCAAUGGUGUAGGAGCUGCCCUGAGCAAGAAGGCCAAGAUCAUAUCUGCUGCCUUUGAGGAGCGACAUAAUGCCAAAACCGUAGGCGAGAUAAAGCAGUUUGUGUCCCAGCUGCCCCACAUGCAGGCAGCACGCAGCUCCCUAGCCAAUCACACCUCCAUAGCUGAGCUCAUCAAGGACAUCACCACCUCCGAGGCCUUCUUUGACAACUUGACUGUGGAGCAAGAGUUUAUGACUGGAGUAGACACAGACAAGGUUAACGCGUACAUUGAGGACUGCAUCGCUCAAAGGGAUCCCCUGAUCAAAAUCCUGCGCUUGGUCUCCAUGCAGUCGGUCUGCAACAACGGCCUGAAGCAGAAAGUGUUUGACUACUAUAGGAGGGAGAUCCUGCAGACUUAUGGAUAUGAACACAUGCUCACUCUCAACAACUUGGAGAAGACCGGUCUUCUGAAGCCCCAGACAAGCACCAGGAAUAACUAUCCCACCAUCAGGAAGACACUGAAGCUCUGGAUGGAGGAUGCCAAUGAACAGAACCCCAAUGACAUAUCCUAUGUGUAUAGUGGCUACGCUCCUCUGAGUAUCCGUCUGGCCCAGGUCUUGGCCAGGCCCGGCUGGCGCAGCAUCGAGGAGGUUCUGAAAAUGCUCCCAGGUCCACACUUUGAGGAGAGGCAACAGCUGCCUGCCGGCCUCCAUAAGAAACGCCAGCAGGGGGAGAAUAGGACCACACUGGUGUUCUUCCUAGGAGGGGUCACGUACGCGGAAAUUGCGGCCCUGCGUUUCCUGUCUCAGAUGGAGGACGGCGGCACAGAGUACAUCAUCGCCACAACUAAGCUCAUCAAUGGUACCAGCUGGAUCAAAUCACUUAUGGACCGCCCUGAGGCCCAGACGCUGUGAGGCCACUUCCCGCACCCUCGGGGGAACAGCUGGACACAUCAAACAGAUGGACCAAAAGACCCUGCCGCUUGUUUUUAAUGUCCAUAUUCCAGCGCCCUGCAGGUGUGUUUGAUUGAUCUUAGUAACUGUCAAUAUGAGCAGGUGUCAGCUCCUCAGUUCUUCCUGUUAUUUGCAACUCUAACCGCUUGCUCAAAACACAUCUCAAAAAUGACCUGCUUUUGUCAUUGAAUGGAGCCAAGAUGAUGU